ACUUCCGGGUUAAUGGCAGUAGAGAGUCGCGUGUGGUAAAAUAGCACAUAUUUUCAAGAUUAUAGCUCUCAUAUCUGCUUUUAAUAGUUGCAGUAUCUAAAUAUUAAACAUGACGACUAUCGUCGAUAAAAUCGCCGGAAUAGAGGCUGAGAUGGCCAGAACUCAAAGAAACAAGGCCACCAGCGCUCAUCUAGGUCUACUGAAAGCCCGCUUAGCGAAAUUACGACGAGAGCUCAUCACACCAAAGGGAGGAGGAGGCGGUGCCGGAGAGGGAUUUGACGUGGCCAAGACAGGAGAUGCUAGAAUCGGUUUCGUAGGUUUCCCGUCGGUCGGCAAGUCGACACUGCUGAGCAAUCUCGCGGGGGUCUAUUCCGAGGUGGCCGCGUACGAGUUCACGACACUCACCACCGUUCCGGGAGUGAUCAAGUACAAGGGAGCAAAAGUGCAGUUGCUGGAUCUGCCAGGUAUCAUCGAAGGUGCCAAAGAUGGAAAGGGCAGAGGCAGGCAGGUCAUAGCAGUCGCACGCACCUGCAGCCUGAUCUUCAUCAUUCUCGAUGUGCUGAAGCCUCUCGUACACAAGCGUCUCAUCGAGCACGAGCUCGAAGGCUUCGGAAUUCGUCUCAACAAGAAACCGCCGAACAUCUACUUCAAGAAGAAGGACAAGGGCGGCAUUAACCUGAACGUCAUGACAGUGCAGUCGGAGUUGGAUCUAGAAUUGGUACGAACAAUUCUCAGCGAAUACAAGCUGCACAAUGCCGAUAUCACUCUACGCGAGGACAGCACGUCGGAAGACCUCAUCGACGUCGUCGAGGGCAACCGCAUCUACGUUCCCUGCAUAUACAUCCUCAACAAGAUCGACCAGAUCUCCAUCGAGGAGCUUGAUAUCAUCUAUAAGAUCCCACAUACUGUGCCGAUAUCUGCUCAUCACAAGUGGAAUUUUGACGACCUGCUGGAGAAGAUGUGGGAAUACCUCAAUCUGUGCCGCAUUUACACAAAGCCAAAAGGACAGCUUCCCGACUACAACGCUCCCGUCGUUCUGCAGAACGAGAAGAAAACCAUAGAGGACUUCUGCAAUCAGCUUCACAGAAACUUGAUGAAGGAGUUCAAAUACGCCCUCGUGUGGGGCUCGUCGGUGAAGCACAAUCCGCAGAAGGUCGGCAAGGAGCACGAGCUGGAAGACGAGGAUGUCGUGCAGGUCGUGAAGAAGUAGCGAAGGUCAAGGUCACACGUGCAGCGUUCGAGGUCACGUCAAGGUCGCUCGGCCGUUACGUCGCAGCGGCGCAGGGUGUUUCUCAGUCUGAGAUGCUGUACAUACAACCUAGCAGCGAGGGGAGGAGGGAUGAGGGAGGGGGGCGAUGUUAGCGUCGUACGCCGUGCGUUGCUCGUUUGCGUUUGCGUCAUGAUGCGCGUGUUCAGCGGGCAUUUUUAUCCGGGUUCCGAACUGACCUACCCUCCUGGCGUGAGUGACCGCCAGCUUCGGCCAACCGUCGUUACGUCGUUACGUCCUAAAUCGGCACAGUCGAGUUUGGCCGAAAACUCAUGCAAAUCGGAUUGUCUUGACCGAAAUAGCGGAAACAUCCAAAGGUGGUGCAGUUGUCUUUCUCAGUAGGACAAGAUACGUCGUUUCUGCGGUUAUUAAAUUAGCGCGAAGGAAGUUGCUGGGCGAAGCCAGAGGGAUUUACUGCAGUUGGCAAUAUACUGCGCACGUGUACAUGCAAUAUACUGGUUACAAACGUACAGCUUCUUCCAUCUCCAUCGACAAGCAGCAGCCCUGUUGAGACAGGAUAUAUCAACCGAUCUCCAAUCGCUAUUUUUGGAGAAUUUAAUAUACUUGUGCAUAUUGUUUUCCUGAAUGCAACCAUCCUGUUCUACGCUGUAGCAUGAACGCCUGUCUGUGAAGGACUUUUGGGAUUUUCUUUAUACAGCCCUCGUAUGUCGUAUACAAGUUUGACUGUAUAUGGCAUGUGAAGUAGUCCUGAUCCUUACUGGGAUAAUAUGACAGUCUAGGUUGGCCAGACAGUAUGUUAUCAGGAAGUUGUGUGCUAAAGUGUACUGGGGAAAUUAUACAAGAACGCUCGUGUUCUCUCUGUUUUAGGCGGGAAUCGAACAGUUUGAGGUGCGAGAUUAAAUCGGACGCUUGUGCGUGACAAGUAUUGCGUGAAUUGCAGUGUGUUUUGGGGGGAUUCGUUUAUCUUGAGAAUGACGACGGCCGAGAAUUUAUAGGAAAUUGGUGAGAAUAGGAGACAGCUAUGGCGCGUGGUCAUACUUAUGUCCCAGCUGCAAUCACGAAUAUAUGUAUAGUCGGGAGUAAAUAAUCGCAAAUAAAAAUGUGUGAUUAUUUGUUCCUGAUGCUGUCUAUACAUACUCUGCGUAAUAUCAAGAGCAUGUCGACCCCAAGUCCUGUCUACAUGCUGGUGAUAACCCACGUAGCGUACAUAUGUUCGUGGUACUGUUAUUUAUAGGGUUUUAUGAGGUUUAUCAUUGCGCAUGCUGCUUUGAACCUGGUGCUGAAAUGUCAGUCAUGCGGAAUUGUAUUUUCGGCCACUAAUAAAAGGCAUCAUUUUUUUCAUGCA